AUGAGCGAACAUAAAUAUAUAUAUUGGCCUUCUGCCUUGGUAAAACGAUGUGAAUGUAGUGAAGAACAACUUGUCGUGGUGGUAUUGAAGACAUCUGCUAAUGAUGGGUUAGUGGUCACAGUUGUUGAGAAAUCGCGGUAUUCUGGGGUCGAGAAUCCAUAUAGUACGUUUGGGACGAUAAGCAAUGGGUCUAUUGAUACCAUUGAGGUUAGUGAAGAGUGGAGUCAUAGUAAAUAUGGGAUUGUAACGUUUGACCCUCCUAAAUUAAAGCUCAUGCAGUUCUACUCUUUGGAGCCUAUAUCAUUGGUAUUGGAAGAUCCAUAUAAUGAUAAUGGAGGUAGAAUUGAGGUGCCUUUAAGACAAAAUCGGAAGAAAUACGAAUCUAGGUUACGGGACAAUGUAAGUCAUAUUAAUUUGUACUAUCAGCAUUUGGAAACAUUUUACCAACGAAAUCCACUCUACAGGAGAAAGUCAAUGCUUCCUGUGUCAAUACAAGAUUUGAAAACUAGGAUACGUGGGACAGCUAUGUACAGAUUUGUGAGAUGUGUUGCGUUUUACCUUGCUAUAAUGACGCGAGUUAUUGCAGGUUCGAUAUCGCAGGUAUUGAAUUCAAAGGUGUUCCCCAUUGUAAAGAUUCUCGCUACAGCGCAGCAGAUAGAUUUGAGAUGUCAGCAGUUAUGUUAUAUUCCAGUGCAGUACUUACGGAUAAACAAGAAUGUUAUCCUACCUGAUAGCGAACCACGUAUAGAGGGGAAGGAAGGAGAAGAAGCUUUGUCACAGGAUCGGUAUCAUAGGAAACGCAAAAAGAGCAUAUCGAAUCUUCCGAAAGAAUUGCCGUGCGAAACUUAUCCAGAUUAUAUUCGACUUUAUAACACGCUCUGGUUAAUUAUAAACGACGUGUCAUUUGGUGCUACUUUUGGAGCUGUUCUAUUUGAGAAUCGGAAUGCAUUAUCGCAGGUUGUUAGUUCCUCGAUGCGGUUCUUGCUUUAUGAAGUUCCAUUACAUGUGACCUUAACAUUGGAAAGAAAUCCAUUGGGUAUAAAGCUUAAUGAGGAGCUUUCUCGAUUCCUAGGUUCGUCUUUUCUCCUGAUUAUAGAGUUCACGUAUGCAGGAUGGGUUAAACAGUGCACUUCGCCGGACACAUUGAGACAAUGCAUCGUUUUUGUUUCUCAUUUGAGUUCGGUCAUCGGUCUCACAUUUUCAUUAGCAUUAAUAGUCGAUUUCCUAUCUGUCAUGACCCUACACAUAACUCUUUUCUAUAUGAUUAGUGUGAAACUAUACCAUGUGCACUUAUAUGUCAUGAGGAGUUUGUUCUAUCUCUUUUACGGUAAGAAGCAUAACAUUCUAAGAAGAAGAAUUGACGAUAACAGAUUUGAGCUUGACCAAUUACUCAUGGGUACCUUAAUUUUCACCGUUCUAAUUUUCUUGUUGCCAACGCUAUUGUCGUUCUAUUUGGUUUACACUGUUCUCAGGUUUAUUGAUCUAACACUUAAGGUCACUCUUGAGCUCUUUUUAGCGUUACUUAACCAUUUCCCCUUGUUUGCACUUCUUUUACGGAUAAAAGAUGCUAAAAGGUUGCCUGGUGGUAUCAUUUUCCGCCUAAGGGGUAACCACUUCCACAUGUCGAACAAUCCAAUAGACUUCUUCAUGAUGUUCAAACCAUUCACGAAUGUGAUGAAAUCUAUUCAGCGACAAGUUCUCUCAAUCUCAACUCUAAAGAGAAUCGCGAAUGGUGAUGUUUUGAACGUGGAGCGAGAUGAAUUGUACCGGGUAUUGUACUAUAACUUACCUCGGCAACCUAUGGACUCCAAUCUCUUGUGGAGCAAGCUAAAAGUGAUUAUGGAACAGGAAGUGACAUGA